AUUCUGGGAAAUGUCGUUUCUUUGUUUCUCAGCCGCGCUACGUUCUAGACACGUGGACUACCACUCCCGUGAGGUAGUGCACAAUUCACUCCAUCCGCGGCGUCUUCGAACGCGCCGCGGCCGCCAUGUUGGACGUGGCCAGCACAGGGGCCGGCAUCAGGGGAUUGUAGAAGCGGCUGCUGUCACCAUGCUGGGUUCCCUGGCGUUGAAGAGAACAGCGCUGGCGCCGCGGCUCCUCAUCCGACUACUUCAGUCUACAUCACUCCAGAGCCAUGGAGGUGCCUCCAGACGAAGCUUAACCACAGGGAGCUGUGGCCAACCUCAAUGGCUGAGAGCAGCCGCCGGGGGGCGCCCUGAGACAGCGCCGGCUUUGCUCGCGGGACGAGGGUCAGCCGGGGGGAGCCGGGGAGGACUUGCGGAUACCCAGUGCUUUGCAGCCACCAUGUGGAGACGCCUUCCCAGUCCCGAAGAAACACUCCCUGCACAAGACGGCUGGAGCGGGGUCCCAAACCGAGCGGGACUGGGCAUGUGGGCCCUGGCCACGGCGCUGGUGGUUCAUUGCUACAGCAGGAACCCGUCCAACAAGGAUGCAGCCCUCAUGGAAGCUGCUCGGUCCAACAAUGUCCAGGAAGUCAGCAGGCUAUUGGCAGAUGGUGCAGAUGUCAACGCAAGGCACAGACUUGGUUGGACAGCUCUCAUGGUGGCAGCCAUCAGUCGAAACUACAGUGUGGUACAGGUUCUGCUUGCUGCUGGGGCUGACCCAAACCUUGGAGAUGAUUUCAGCAGUGUUUACAAGACCUCUAAGGAGCAAGGAAUCCAUUCUUUGGAAGAUAAGGAACAAGACAGUGCAGGCUGGUGGAGCACUAACCAGUGGACAAGUGCCCUGGCCUUCUCAAGGUGGCUAGGAGUCCCCACUGGCAUCCUGGUCACCCGAGAAGAUGACUUCAACAACCGGCUGAACAAUCGUGCCAGCUUCAAGGGUUGCACAGCUCUGCACUACGCCGUCCUUGCCGAUGACUACCGCACUGUGAAGGAGCUGCUUGAUGGAGGAGCCAAUCCUCUACAGAGGAAUGAAAUGGGACAUACGCCUUUGGAUUAUGCCCGAGAAGGGGAGGUGAUGAAGCUUCUGAAGACAUCUGAGGCCAAGUACCAGGAAAAGCAGCGGAAGCGUGAAGCUGAGGAACGACGUCGCUUCCCCCUGGAGCAGCGGCUAAAAGAACACAUCAUCGGCCAGGAGAAUGCCAUCGCCACAGUGGGUGCUGCGAUCCGGAGGAAAGAGAAUGGCUGGUAUGACGAAGAGCACCCUCUGGUCUUCCUCUUCUUGGGAUCAUCUGGAAUAGGAAAAACAGAGCUGGCCAAGCAGACAGCCAAAUAUAUGCACAAAGAUGCUAAAAAGGGCUUCAUCAGGCUGGACAUGUCUGAGUUCCAGGAACGACAUGAGGUAGCCAAGUUUAUUGGGUCCCCACCAGGCUAUAUUGGCCAUGAGGAGGGUGGCCAGCUGACCAAGAAGCUGAAGCAGUGCCCCAAUGCUGUGGUGCUCUUUGAUGAAGUAGACAAGGCCCAUCCGGAUGUGCUUACCAUCAUGUUACAGCUAUUUGAUGAGGGUCGGCUGACAGAUGGAAAAGGGAAGACCAUUGACUGCAAAGAUGCCAUCUUCAUCAUGACCUCCAACGUGGCCAGCGAAGAGAUCGCACAGCAUGCGCUGCAGCUGAGGCAAGAAGCCCUGGAGCUGAGCCAUAACCGCAUCGCCGAGAACCUUGGGGAUGUCCAGAUUAGUGACAAGAUCACCAUCUCAAAGAACUUCAAAGAGAAUGUGAUUCGCCCCAUCCUGAAAGCUCACUUCCGGAGAGAUGAGUUUUUGGGACGGAUCAAUGAGAUUGUCUACUUCCUCCCUUUCUGCCACUCGGAGCUCAUUCAACUAGUCAACAAGGAACUGAACUUCUGGGCCAAGAGGGCCAAGCAAAGGCACAACAUCACACUGCUGUGGGACCGAGAGGUGGCAGACGUGCUGGUCGAUGGCUACAACGUGCACUAUGGCGCCCGCUCCAUCAAACAUGAGGUAGAACGCCGUGUGGUGAACCAGCUGGCAGCAGCCUAUGAACAGGACCUGCUGCCAGGUGGCUGUACUCUGCGCAUUAUUGUGGAGGACUCAGACAAGCAGCUUUUCAAGAGCCCUGAACUGCCUUCACCCCAAGAGGAGAAGCGUCCACCCAGGUUACGGUUGGAGAUCAUUGAUAAGGACAGCAAGACCCGCAAACUUGACAUCCAGGCACCACUACACCCCGAGAAGGUGUGCUACAUACUCUAGCAUCUAUCUGCCUGCCUACAUGUGCCCUCAACAUCUAAUAAAUGCCCCUUGGCUGUGGCCUGGCAACUGACUUACCUUCCCUAAGCCUCUUCCUCCUCU